UAAAAAUUAAAAAAUACAUGAAAACUUGCAUAGAUGUCAGCCAUGGCGCGCUCUUGGCUACACCUUUCUCCUAACUCUGUCUCUGUCUCUCUUUCUCUGAAAAGACUCAAAAGGACUUUGUGUUGUAAAUUCUAAUGAAAUCUACUACUUUGCUCUGCUCUCUGUAAGCACUUCUUUCAUCCGUGUCGUUCUGAACUCACUAUAAGCUACAAAUGUAUGUGUUUAUGUAUGAAUGUAUGUAUGUAAAAGUGUAAACAUUUCCUUUCUUCCUCGUUUCAAACUUGAACUGCUUUAUCCGAUGCUUUGCUUCUGUUCUUUCUGUCAGUGCUUUCUCACGCUUCUCUUGUUUGAGGUUUUGGAUUACCAUUUUACAAAAUACAAUUUUUGCACCUUUGGUUUUUGAGGCAUCACGAAUAGAAAUAUAAUUCCAGAAAAAAGAAGAAAAUAAAAUCUGAGAGAAAACCCAUACUAUGGUUUCCUUAAUGCAAGAUUCUCAUGUUUGAGAGUAUCGUUCUUUAUAUUUGCUCGUAUUGACUUUUGGACUCUGCUAUUUCAAAUGGAUUUGUUCUGAUUGUCGACCUCUUGUAUUAUUAAUUCCAGUACUCUCUUCUUAUCUAUUGGUUUUCAGAUAACAUUACACAUUGUGCAAUCUUUAUAAUUCGCACCUGAUCUGUAGACCUUGGAAGAAUCUUUGAAAGUUUAAUAUGUCAGUUUAGUUCUAAGGCUGUUUGGUAAACAAGAAUAGGAAUAUGUAUCUUUGGUUUAUUUCUAUUUUAAUUUCAUAGUUAAUAUUACACUAUCCAGGAUCAACAAGGAUUCACUUUAGCAAAAAGAGAAUGGAGUUUAAAAGAUAAAAAUAAAUCAUUGUUGGUUGUCUUCAUGGCAAACAAUUCUGCAUCUCAACAGAGAAUUAGUAUUGUGAGCUGAACCUUUAAUUAAGGCUAUGCAGUAUGUGGGCAUGUAAUUAUUAAGGAAGGAGCUCUCUUGGUUUGUAAUGGCUGGUUUGAUGAUGCUGUUUCCCAAGUUAAUGACCAACCCAAUCAUCAUGGUAACCAUGCCAUUUUCACUUUGCAAAUUGGCAUUCACGUUUUGUAUGAAAACCGUCUUUAUUGUUAUUCAAACCUGGACGGAGUUGGUAAAGGCAGCAGUUUCCUUCGAUGUCAAUAUGUUCUGGAAAGCAAUAAUUGGGACGGUUGCUCUUAUAUCUCUUCCUAUACGAGUGUUGACUGCCUUGCAGAGGGAAAGACUGCUGGAACAGCAUCUGCAUGAGAUGCAGUUUGAGUUGGAGACUCUUGUUUGGGACAGGAAGGAGCUUGAGGACCUUCUCCAAGCAGCUGUUAGAGAACACAGAAUUAUGGAGUCAAUGUUAAUAGAACUUGAGGAGGAACAUGACAAGGCUGUUGCCAAGAUUCAACUAUUAGAGGGUGAGUUGCAGGGUUUAAAGGAUGAAAACCUUCAGCUGAAAGAAAUUCAAGGUAAUGCAGCACGGAGCAUUAAAGGUCAUGAUGCGACAAAUAAGAACAAAAGUAUAAAUACUAUUGACAAUCAUGUCAUUCCAUAUAGUAUUGCAUCAUGGAUUUCCAGUUAUAAGGGAAGCAGCAUCUCCUUCCAAGACCAGAUGAUGAACACAGAAGUAUGGGAGGGUAAGAGCACGAGUAAUAUUGGACUGUUGGAUUUCUUAAAAGCUAGCCCUGCACCAAGCGGAUCUGUGCAACCAUUUACACCCAGUGUCAUUCCAAAUUUAGAUGUCAACAUUGCUCUUGAACAACGAAGAGAGGUUGCACUUUCACAAACUGUUUUUAGUGCAACUUUAUCACUUUUGGUUGGAAUGAUUGUCUGGGAAGCCGAAGAUCCUUGCAUGCCUCUUGUGGUGUCUCUCUUCACUGUUGUUAGCAUGUCACUUAAAAGUGUUGUUCAGUUUUUCUUCACUACAAAGAACAGACCUGCUUCUGAUGCAGUUGCCCUGUUCAUACUUGGGACACUCAGUUAUCCGACACUGCCAAGGGUUACCCGGAUGCUGGCUCAACUAGCGUACUGGCUUGGUAUCUCAUUCAAUUAGCUUAUGUAUGUGGCACUUGGAAUACAUCAUUGUGCACAACAGACUAGACCAUGGAGUUCCAUUGAAAAAUAUACGUUCUCUCCUUAACUUAUAGGGUAAAGGUUCAUCAAUAUCUUUUCCUUUCUUUUGUUUCCUUGGCCAAAAGUAACUUGUAGCAGAAUAAUAUCUUUGAAUGUGCGAAAAUAAAGUUGUACCGAGGAGUGUAAUCGAGCCGAAUUGAGUCGAUAUAGUGAGAAGUUUGAA